AUGGCGUCCGCCGUCUUAUCCAAGAAAAUAUGGUUCAUCACUGGCGCGUCCUCAGGUCUCGGUCUCAACAUGGCCCUGAGCGCCCUCCGCGCUGGUCAUCGCGUCAUUGGCACAGGACGUAAUAUCGAGAAGGCGUCCUCUGAGCAUCCAGAAUUUUCCCGACUUGGAGGCCAAUGGCUCCAACUGGAUAUCGCUCAGCCCGAUGCUGAGCAGACCAUACGACGGCUCGUAACACAAGAAGAGCAACGCCUCGGGAAAGACAAAGAGUCAGCCCACUGGGUUGUUGUGAACAACGCUGGAAGCACUUUGAUCGGAGCAGUAGAGGACAUGAGCGAGAAUCAGAUCCAGCAGUAUCUGCAAGCUAAUCUGUUGGGUGUCAUUCGCGUCUGGAAGGCUCUGCUGCCGACUUUACGCCGCAACAGAACAGGCACUCUCAUCAGCAUAUCAUCCAUCUUCGGCUUCGCCCCUAGACCAGAGCAAAUGAUCUACAGUGCUGCAAAGGCAAUGACAGAGUCUCUGACCGAGUCCUAUGCCACUCUGCUCGAGCCGUUCGGCAUCAGGACCCUGAUCAUUGAGCCUGGUGGUUUCAGAACUCCUUUCCCGGGCAACAACUCCAAGGCAGAUUGCGGCAUUUCAGACGACUACAAGCCGGUAAUUCAAGCUUGGAUAGACUUUAUUAAUGAAGCGUCGGAAGACUUGACUCUAGUAAAUGGAGACCCGGCCAAGUUCGGCGAUAGAGUGGUUGAUGCUGUUGAGGGCCAAGGCCUGUUUAAGAGUAUCUGGGCGGAACAUGACAAGAGCAAGGCCCUGAGAGUCCAACUGGGAUCAGACUGUUACGGAUUAUAUGGAGAGACGCUUAACGAUUUGCAGAAAGGCUAUGCGAGGAUGGUCGAGGUGGCAAAGUCGACGGAUGUAUGA